AUGGCGAUGGCACCGAGCCGCGAGGAGCGGAAGCAGAUGCGACUGCGCGGCGCAGGUAAUCACAAGGUCAAAGACGUCAAUUUCGGCUUUUCUUUUGGAUCUCCAACCCCGCAGUCUCCGAUUCCUACGCCUCGAUCUCCAUCGCUCUCCCAAAAGUCCCCUAUAACACCACAGUCGCGCCACUCUACGACAUCAAAUAAACAACUUUCUAUACCCUCCCGAGCGUCAUCUCGACGUUCAGCCGCCAGUGCUUCAGCUGCGUUACCCCAGGAUGAAUCGAUCUAUGACAUUCCGGCGGAUGAUGAUAGGCCGGAAGAAAGAAGUGCAAAGCGCAGGCGGAUAAGUAGAUCAUUUGAAAGCUCUGUGCCAGAGAGCUCGCCCACAACCCACCGCACGAAUGCAAACCCACCACCCUUCCUCAAAGCACUAGAGACAAUUAUACACUCGCAAAAUUCGAAGCAGAGGCGGCGAAAGAGAAAAUCAGUAGUACAACAUCCGAAAAAGAAACGUAAAAGCCUACUUAGGCCACCCGUUGUGGCCGAGAGCAACGAAGUCGAAGCUGAGGAAGAGACACAACUACAGUCUCCUCCCGAAGACCAACCUUCCGAUGCUGAGCGAGAUCGGAGCGAAUCCCAUCAUUCUGAAGAUGUUAACGUGCCGAAUGAGGAGCCCAUAGAUCCUCCUCGAGAUUCGUCUCAGCCUCGUCUCGAUGCGGAGGCGGAUGAUAUACCAGAGCAAGAAGAAGAGGCCGAAGCUACUAUCAACGAGCCAGAUAUCAGCGUAGAAAUCCCAAGUGAUGAGGGUGACCCCGGGCCAGGGCCUCGCUCGCCGACGGUUGAAGACCAAGAUACCAGGACAGAAAGCAUACAAGCAGAGGAAGGCCCGCCUACGAGACAAGAAGUCUCGCAGCACAAAACCUCUGAUCCAAAACCAACCCGAAAACGAAAGAAACAAAAUACAGAUAAUCCUACCAAGCAGAAAGGGAAGGGCCGCCAGCAGAAAGACAAGGGCGAGACGCGAUCAACUGUCCCAGUCCUUGUCCACAGACUUGCCAACACCUCAGCCUUGCACGAAUUGUCAGACGAAGCUGAUUCUACCCGUUCCUCUCCAGAAGAUGGGCGACAACCAUCGCCCAACGAAACUUCUUCACAUCACCCACAAAUUUUGUCUCGUAGCGGCGUAAAUGCUGCCGACGUCCUUAGUCAGAUAUGUCGUGAGACACUAGAGAAGACAAUAUCUACGCUAGAAUCUGCAAUAGAGCGAGAGUCGAAUCGUGCUCGUCAAGUGGAAUGGACUCGGAAGCGCAAAGCCGUCGAGGCCUUUGGUUCGGAGUUAGAUGGCAGGCUAUUUGAAAUGAGUGAACUGCUGGACAGUAACUUUAUACUUGCAAUGCGUCUAAAGAAGGAGAAGAAAGAGGUAUUUACGCUGAGAAACCAAUUGAUGGACCUACGAAAGGAGAGGGAAGAGAUUGCCCUUCGCGCAGACGAAGUGAGGAGAAGGUAUUCUGCAGACGAGAAUGCCAAAAUAGAGCACGGGACAAUUAACAAUGCCCUUCACGACCUUCAACUUGCCGUUGAUAGAAGUCAGAAAAACGCAGGCAAAGGUUCCGUUGACUCUACCAAUCCUUUCGUUGGCCUUGAGUUCCUGCUACGGACCGUUUCUCAGGAUGUCUGUUCCUCUAGCUCCAACUUUCACGGUGGUUUGCUGAGCCAGGUUAAAGCGUUUAAUAGCCAGCUAGAAAGGACGGCUGCAUUACUGGACCGUCGAGGCUCGUGA